UGUGUGACAGUGGGUGGCUCUGUGAAUCUCCGAUUUUCUCAUUCCCGGGUGGACAAGAAGAACAGACGCCAGAUCGACGCACCUUUCCAUUGCACACACACAUACACACCACACUCACACACAGCCUCACGCAGGAGCGCGACAAAGGACACACAAACUCACCUGGCGAAUGCAGUUGGCCCGAUUGGCGCGGCGGCUAUGUUGAGCGACAUGGCUUCAGCGCCGGCCCUGCAGAGGACUAACCCCAUCAUCACCACCUUCAAACAAGAGCAGAGGACGUCACCGUUGGCGAUGCUCGCCGCACAGUGCAACAAAUUGUCGAGCAAGUCGCCGCCGCCGCUGGCCGACGCGGCCGUCGGCAAGGGUUUCCACCCUUGGAAAAAGAACAACAACGAGCAGCCGAGCAGUAGCUCGUCACCGAAGCCUGCGCCGCUGAGCGAAGCGGCGAGCGUCAAGUCUCCGCCGGCGGGACCGCCGCCGGCGUGCUCCCUCAACUCGGCGCCGUUCCCCGCGUCGGUGGCCAGCCUGACGACGUGCAGCGCCGCCACCGAGUUCGGCAGCUACCUGAAUUCCGCGCCAGUCCUGCAGCAGGCGCAGCCGCAGGCCCAGAACUACCACCACGCGCUCCUGGCGUCCAAGGACCUUUACAGGCCGAAUUACGACUCGUGGAACUUCCAGAACUCGGCGGCGGCGCCACCUCCGUCCGGCCACCAGCCGCCGAACAUGGCCAAGCAGGCCAACGACGCCGUGUGGUGGGACGUGCACAACACGUCGUGGCUCGAGUCGGGCCUGCAGAUGGCCGCCAACUACUCCGAGUACUCGUCGGCGCUGGGCUUCACCGGCCACCACGCCAACCACCACCUGCUGGCCUCGACGCAGCACCACCUGCUGCCGGACUCGUACAAAAUCCUGCCGCAGCCGCAGAACCACGCCUUCCACCACAGCCUCAGUUCCUUGCACCAGAUCACGUCGGCGUCGAGCGCGCCGCCGCCGAUCGCCCCCGCCCCGGCGCCACCCCCCUCCACCCAGAGUCCCAGGGCGCAACGCAGGUACACCGGCCGCGCCACUUGCGACUGUCCCAACUGCCAGGAGGCCGAGAGACUCGGCCCGGCCGGCGUCCACCUGAGGAAGAAGAACAUCCACAGCUGCCACAUUCCCGGCUGCGGAAAGGUCUACGGCAAGACGUCGCACCUCAAAGCCCAUCUCAGGUGGCACACCGGCGAGCGGCCCUUCGUGUGCAACUGGCUCUUCUGCGGGAAGCGGUUCACGCGCAGCGACGAACUGCAGCGUCACUUGCGCACGCACACCGGCGAGAAGCGUUUCGCGUGUCCCGUGUGCAACAAGCGCUUCAUGCGCAGCGACCACCUCGCCAAGCACGUCAAGACGCACUCUGGCAACGGCGACGGCGACACCAAGUCGCGUUCCAGCGAGAGCUGCUCCGAGAGCGACGACAACUGCAGUCCGCCGCACGGAGGAGUCGUCUGAUGGACACUGCCGCAGUGCUGUGCGUUUCGCGACAAUGUGGCCGCGUUCGUUGAUUUGCUGACCAGAGCUGUCCUCGGCUUUACUUUCAAAAAAAUCGGUUGUUGCUUGCAAGGAAAUGAAUUAAAAGGGCAAGGACGUCGAAAUAAUGGUUGGAUUUCUUGGAAUUGGUUGAGAUGGUGAACCCCACAUUUCAACUUCUGGCAUGAUUUUUUUAUUAAAAGUGCAAACCUGCUUCGUCCAAUGCCAAAAUGUUUGCGUUCAACUAAUUCUCGACGUCCAUUUCCUUUAAAAACGACGCCUUCUGCAAUCUUAGACGUUACAAAAAAGCGGCAGAAUCAAGUACAAAUAAAAUCGAAUUGAAUUGAAUGAAAUAUUUUUGUUCUACAGCCAUGGAAAAUUUGUGUAGUGCUUUUCUGGGAAACUCUUUCCUGUUUGGAGCUGCCCAUAUAUUCCAACAGAUGUUUCCACCGUUCAUUUACAGUUAUCGGCUACUUUCUCUGCGCAAAAAUAAGUAUCAUUUAAUUCAGCUUAUCGCCAUUGAAGCCUUAUAAAGAUUUUGUCAUUUGUAAAUGAACUGUGGUGCCAUCUGUUUAUGUCUUAACACUAGAAUUCCUUUCCCAACUGGCAAAUUGUAAAAUUAUUCGGUUAUUUCCUCAUCUAUGAAGAUAAAAAAAUUACAUAUCCAUUUUAUUUGCUGAGGACUUGUCGAGCUCGGCCACAUUCCGCUGCGGAAGACUCUUAAAAGUAAUUUUAAUAUGUUGUUAAUUACCCCUGGGAACAAUCUCAUGAACAUUUUAAUACACUGUGUUGUGCUGCAAGUAUAGUCAAGUGUGAUAACUACGCGAAGAGGCGACGAGUGUGUCAUCCUACCUGCGAAAUAUAUCAUCUCAGAUCACAACUAUAUAUCUCUCGACCAUUUUGCAAGAGCGUCCGCGCUCUGCAACUCAUUGAGGACUUUGAAUGAAUAAUUUGUACAUAUAUUCUCUGUACUUAUCGAAUCAAAGUUGAACUAUGAUCAGAAUAAAAAUUGAGACAAAAAUCAAGUGCGAACAAAAAACAAGCGCAGAAUAUAUAUCUAUUUC